CAAGUGCCACGUUGGGUCGGGCUGUGGCUCUUCGGGGCCGCACGGCUCGGGGGGCCGGGCCGGGCUGGGCAGGGCAAGGCAGGGCCGAUCGGAACGGGGCGCUCGAGCCGGGACUCCCGCAGGCCGUUGGGGUUCGUUGCAAGGCGGAGAGGCGAGUGGGCCCGCGGCUCGGGUCCCGCUGCGCGGUGCGUCCCGCUCCUGGGCGGCUCUGGCCGAGGGCGGAGCGGCCCGCGCGGAGCCGGGGGCAGCGGCGGAGGCUGGAGCUCGGCGUCGGGGGCCGCUGCCCCUGGAGGAGCCGGGCGAGAUGCUGUCGGGAAACCUGAUGGAGGACUUCGAGGGCAAGGAGGGCGAGCGGUGGUACGACCCCCAGGACCUCCAGCAAGAUCUUCAGCUUGCUGCAGAGCUUGGAAAGACUUUACUGGACCGGAACACAGAGUUAGAGGAGUCUCUGCAACAGAUGUACACAACCAAUCAGGAGCAGUUACAGGAGAUUGAGUAUCUGACCAAGCAGGUGGAGCUUCUGAGGCAGAUGAAUGAGCAACAUGCAAAGGUGUAUGAGCAGUUGGAUGUCACAGCCCGGGAGCUGGAAGAUACAAAUCAUAAGCUAGUUGCUGAAAGCAAGGCCUCACAGCAGAAGAUUGUGAGUCUCACGGAAACAAUCGAGUGUCUUCAGGCCAACAUUGACCAUCUCCAGAGCCAAGUGGAGGAGCUGAAGGCAGCGGAGCAGCGGAGCCGGAGCCAGGGGAAGUGCGAGCGGAAAUGGGCGCCCAGCCUCUCCUCCCUCAAGGAGUUGUACGAUCUCCGCCAACACUUCGUGUACGACCACGUCUUCGCCGAGAAGAUCGCGUCCCUGCAGAGCGCGCCGAGCCCCGAGGAGGAGGAGCACGAGCACCUGAAGCGCGCCGUGGCCAUGCUGCAGGCCCAGCUGAGCGGCGAGCGGCGCCGGCGGCAGGCGGUGGAAGAGGAAUACGGCCUGGUCCUUCGGGAGAACAGCGACCUGGAGCAGCAGCUGGGCGCCGCCGCCGACAUCCAGGCCCGCGCCCUGCAGCUGGAGGCCGAGGUGGCCGAGCUGCGCCAGCUGCUGCAGGCCGAGCCGCCGCCCGGGGCCAACGGGCUGGAGAAGCUGGGGCCCGACUCGCUCUUCCUCCCGUUCCGGGAGCCCGGCCAGAGCCUGCUGGAGGAGCUGUGCCUGGCCGCGACGCCCGACGCCCCUCGGCGGCCCCUGAAACGCAGCAGCAGCGAGACGGUGCUCAGCAGCCUGGCCCGGGGCGACGCGGCCACUCCGGGCCACGAGGACACUUGCGCCCGGCGCGCCGAGGCUGUCAAGCAGCGCGGCAUCUCCCUGCUGCACGAGGUGGACUCGCAGUACAGUGCCCUCAAAGUCAAGUACGAGGAAUUGCUGCGCAGGUGCCAGCAGGACCAGGACUCGCUGGCGCACAAGGCCGUGCAGACGGCCCGCCCGCCGGCCAGGGACCCCUUGGUCAGCCAGGCCCCGCCCGAGCUGCCCGCCAGCACCCGCAGUCCGGAGCAGCCGGGCUCCCCCAGUUCCACGCCGCCUCCCGAGUACAAGGCGCUCUUCAAGGAGAUCUUCAGCUGCAUCAGUAAAACCAAGCAGGAGAUCGAUGAGCAGAGAACCAAGUACCCGGCUCUUGCCCCGCACCCUUGAUCACUGUCCUGCUCGCCCACCGGUGGCUUCCUUCCCUCCUCUUGUCUACCUCUCCCUUCACCCAUUAUUUGAGACACACACCCCCAAUCUGAUUCUAGCUCAUUUGCCCCAUUGCCCCAGGCUUUGGCGCCUUUAGAAAGUGGGUGCAGCAGGGAGAGAAAAUGGCUAUACAGGGUCUACUUAAGCAUCUCAAGAACUGCCCUGGCACACUGGCUUCUGGCUGGCACCCAGGUCAGACUGUGAUGCCCUGAAAUGCCCCUAUUUCUUGGAGGGAAUCUCUACUCCUCAGAAGCGGGCUCAGAGCACUCCCGGGGGGUGGAUGGCCACAGGUCAUGGUUCCCACCACCUUCGCAUCUCCACAGCUGCCGUGCCAUGAAAUGUAAACGCUGUGAAGGCGGCAGAGAAAUGAAUAAAUGCUCAGGGCGUGUGAGCAUCUAAUUAAGGAUAAAUGGCUUUAAUAGGGACUCCCGGCCUGUAGGUCUUACUGCUGCUACCAGUUCGAUUGCGACUGACGCAGGUAACCCUGAUCUGUCCAAAUUAGGGCUGCACUUGUUGGUCUGUACCUCGGAUUAUCUCUGACCGGCUUUCGGGGUUCUGGCAUUUGGAGGCGGAUACUGGCCGUUUCCUGUUCCUUUCUCACUCAGACUUGAAGGGGCCAGUUGAAGCCCUG